CAAAUGUCAGUGUGGCAUUUUAAUGAAAACAAAAGAUGUCUAUUCAUGACUGGCGCAAAAAUUGACAUAAAAAUAGCGAGUUCUGCGUGAAUUGUUUAUUGUUCGCGUUUAAUGCACGGUGUGAACUUGUCGAUUUGAUAAUUAGGACUUCAAACGUUUAAGUGCAAUUGUUUUCUUACCUGUAUAAUGGAUCAGGACGAUCCAAAAGAACGUUUUCAGCUAUUAGGGUUUCGACCCCAAAAAGAAACUGCUUACAACAAAUUAUUACCUUACGUUGACGAACUGGAUGAAGAAUCGAACAAAUUAUUUACAGACAUAAAAACUAACCUCGUCAAGUCAGUUUUGGCACGUGAAAUGCGUCCAGGAUGUAUGGUUUGGACUUCCAGGUUAAAUAAGUAUAUCAAAAUAUACGGGCUAAAAUUUUCGAAAGAGGACCAUGUAGCCUUAGUGAAAUUGUAUUAUGAACUAGUGACCAUUCCAGGUUUAGAACCGACUAGAAUUAAUAAAUUUGCUUCUACGUUAACGUUUUUAUUAAAGAAAAAACUACUGUCUCCCGACGAUCUUCAACUAGAUUGGAAACCACUUUAUGACCUGUGUGUUCGCUUAAUAGAGAAGAGCCAUAGUGGCUUAGGAAUGUAUAAGUACUCUUCAUCUCUUGAAAUGGUUGUUGAAGAUUUAAUUUGUGUUUGUCGUUUAUACUUUCCAGUGGAAGCGACUCAAGAAAUUUUGGACGAAUUUCGGCCUCACCUAUAUCCGUACGACAAUACACAGACCGGUAACACUAUAAAUUAUCUUGGAUUGUUAUUACCAAUUGUUACUCCACCCGAAAAGAAACAUUUGGGAUACGAGCUUUGGUUGGGAGAACUCAUGGAAUUGUGGAGAGUGUGUCCUAAUGCCAAGGUGUGGGAAAAUCAUUUGACUUGUCUACUGGCGCGUUUGGCAAAUUAUAACCACGGGCGUAUUAACUGGGACCCUUACAUUCCUAUUAUGUUUGACCGUUUUAAGAGAGCUUUUCAUUUACCUGUAAGUUACCAAAGGAGGCAAUUGAUGAGACCAUUUAAAAUUGACGCGACGUCUAUGGUGAACUGGAUUGUGUGUACUCUAGGUGGGCCGAGUGACGUGGCCUUUUCCCACUUAGAAAAAUUUAUGCAAUCUUUAGAAUCAUACUACCAUCCUGCCAACUUUGGAAAAUGGACACCAAAAAUUCGAGAGUUGUUAAGAAAAUUAGCGUUGUAUUUUGUACAACGCGUACAUUGCGAGCGUUUUAAGAAGAUAACUUGGGACUUUAAGAUAUCUCCCGAGUUUAAACUGACUGACGCAGACAUUGAACGUUUUGUUAAUAUUAUGAAACCGUGUCUAGAACAAGCGAUGUUUUCUGGACUCGGCACCCAGGAAGUUGCGUUUGCAAUGCAAUACCUAGCAGCGUUACGUCCCGAUCUAAUUGUCCCAGUUGUACUAGAAAAACUCUACACUUCUAUGGAUAGCCUCACCGAGCCUCACAAACUAUUAUCAUCGAUGAUUUGUACUAUGUCAGUUGCAAGAUUUAUGGCCGACGGUGCUAAGAACAAUUAUCCUGAGGGCCCCACUCACAUCUUUCCACUUCUCACCUCAUUUUUACCAGGAAUCGAUCCAAACGAUAUCAGAAAAUGCCUGAUGACUUUCAACUUGAUAUCGCAUUUUUCAAAUUUAGCUCCACUCGUAAACUCCUCGGAAGCUAAUAAUUAUUAUGAUGACCUUACGGAGGAGGAACAUAUUAUUUGUGAGGCCUCGGCCGGGCUAGAAGAUUUCGUACUGCAAUUUUUCGAUAGAAUAUGUGCCUGGGUGGAAUCCAAUUCUCUCGAUUUUGUUCGGUUAGAACACAGCGAUAACGAUAAUAAGAGUAUACUGGAGUCUGUAUCGGAAACUGCGCUAUUCUCUGUCAUAAACGCUCUGCUUUAUCAAUGCUCGCCCGAGAUUUUCACGGCGGCACUUAGAAAGGUUCACAGCUUUGCUACUAAUCGUAUCUUAGAAUUGAAAGUUUCCGGAAAGUUAGUCGCAAUUUUAUGCGCUUGUUUUGCCAAAACCAACCCUAAGGAAACGCUGAAAUUGUUUGUUCCAGAUCUAUGCGAUACAAUAGAAAGGUUGCUAGGGGACGACGAAGAUAUUAGCAAGGAAGAGCAGCUAAAUGAUGAACUGUUAUACAACUUGUUGCUAUUGUCAGAGAUAUUGGAUGGUCAUUCAGAAUUGGUACAUUACAUGGAUAGAAUAACAAAAAUUUUGGAUCACACUUUACACGUAGCUUGCACUCAAGGGAGUAGGCUUUCUGCGCAUGUUUUAAACAUAGUGAUGACCUCGCUUAGUUUCACGCAACCGAUCGAAUAUCGCAGUUGCAACAAGCCCUUCGAUCAGCAUGUUAAGGAUUUCUUAACCGUUCGACAAUGGGGCCAGCCGGGUGAUUUGAAUAAUUUGAAUAUCUCGUGGUAUGUUCCUGGGAAAGCCGAGAUUGACUGCAUUCAACACUUGCUAAACAAAUACUUAAUACCAGAAUUGGAGGUUUUAAAUAAGUAUGCUAGGGGUGAAAUUGCUUUGGAAAGGAAGGAGUUACGCAGCCGUUUAAGAAUUGUCAGCGCAAUUUUGGCCUGUCAAAGUGUUUUGCCUACAUGGGAUGAACCGGCGAUACAACUCAUUGACUCGGUCUUGGAGGCGUGGGCUUUUGAAUUGACAAUUGGAGCCCCGCACUCGGUGACUAUGCCAGAUGGUGGGAAUGUACGAAAAGUUAUUGCCGACACAAUCCAUAAUGUUCAGAAGAAAAUUUUAGAACUCGAUGAAGGCGAUACAAAAAGCAUAUAUAAUAUUGUUUAUAUAUAUGACAUAUUAGUAUUCAAUAAGUUCCGUGGUCGUGAUUUCAAAUCUCAUUGGAAGACCUUCCACAUGGUCAAGAGAGUGUUAGAAGACAAACUACAUCAGAAUAAAAGCCAUUUGCGAUGCAGCUUAAUCGACCGCAUCAUGCUGCAACAUGAAUUUCGAAACGAAAGCCGCACCUGCACGUUUACGAAAACCCACAAACAGAUAAUUGAGGAUCUGUUUGAGCUGAGCGUCAGCCACUAUAGUGAGGUUCGAAUUGCGGCACAGAAGAAGUUGUUUGCGACACUUUCUACUUUUCUGUAUUCGUACAGAGUGGUAGUACCGCAUAUCAAAGAUAUUCUUCAAUUAGAUCCGGCAGUUCACCACGAAAAGUUUAAGGGCUGCUUGUUUGUGCUGUUGGGAACGAAGAAGGCCGCAGUUGCCACUAGACAUGACUGGAAUUUAAUCAACGAAGUGUGGCCGCUUGUCAUCAAAUCGAAAGUAUCCGAGAAACCUUCUAUUGUCAGCUUGAUGGAGGAGCUUACAGAAGCUGUAAACGAGUUUCCGACAAUUGGACUUAAAUUUGAAAUGCCUGACAGGUGUUUAACUGCUGCUUAUUCUCUCGCGGAGAAUGUUCCGAAAGUAUCUUUAGAUGGGUUUCAGGGUGUCAUAGAGAAGGGGUCUCAAUUAUUGGAAGCCGACUGUGAACGUAAACUAAUUCUUUACAAUCAAACCAUUGAUAGUUUAUUAAACGCUUGUAUUCAUGAUAACCUGCAUUGGCGCUACUAUUACAUGAGCUUAGUGUUUAUAGAAAGUUUGGUGCACCCGGACACGAACUAUAAGCCACAUGUGAUCAAAUUCUUCAUGAAAGCUUUAAUUAAUGAUUCGCUCAAAGUCAGAAAAAUUGCUUGGAAAGUGUUCCUUUAUAUACUGGUGCAAAACAAACCAAAGUAUAAAAAAAUCACCAUUGACCCAUACAGUUUCAAUAAGGAAGGGAGUGGUCAUAAGUCAAGUCCGGGAAUUAGAUCGGAUAACGAAUGGCUGCUGUAUAAUAGCAAAACGCUCCCCAAAACUUCAGAAGAGUGGGAUAAACCGAGGUACUUGCACAGGGGUGACUUGGGAUACUAUGCUUGGCCUAAAACCUUAAAAACCUUUGCGUCCUCUAAUGAGCAGCCCACCUUCGCCAAAAGACUGAAUUCUUUAUCUGACGAGGAGAAGGAAAUACUCGCGUUUUUCAAUGAACAGAACCUUAAUAGUUUGAUUAAAUUUUUAUCUAUGGAGGAAAAGAAAGGAAAAGAUAUGUUUAAUGGAUUCCGAUUUGUGGUGUUUAAGAAUUUAUUCAAAAUAUUCGAGGAUCACUUAUUAGACUUAUUUGUACCUCAUCUCGAACGGCUCUCGAAAGAUAGCCAAGAACAGAGCCAGAGAUGCGCCGCAGAAAUAACCGCCGGUUUAAUUCGCGGCGCGAAGCAUUGGAGUUUCGAUCAGGUCGAACGGAUGUGGGCGACCCUCCUGCCGAUUUUGCGCAACAAUUUCGCCAACUUGUCCGUCGAAACGUUAGGCGAUUGGAGCGUCUGUUUCGCGAUGGCGCUAAGUUCCAGAGAUCCGAACCGCUACCAUUGGAUCUUAGAAUUUUUAAUGGAUAAUCCGCUAAAUGAGCAAACAUCAUUUGGUAGCUGUUGUCGUCUUUAUAUUCUACAACAAGCCCUAAAUCAGCAGGCGUGGAGGAACACGGAACUUAUGAAGAGGGUGUUGGAGCACGUCAAAGGGCAUUUGUCUCAUCCAUUCCAAAAUGUUAGAGAUAGCAUUAGUAUGUGUCUUACGUUAGUAUUUUGUGAGAAUACUGAUUCGACAAAUGGUCGCAGUGUCUCUUGGCCUAAAGUUGAGGAAUUUUUUGCGUAUGUAAUGCCAAAGCUCAAUCGGUUGUAUAAAAUGACCAUUGAUACGAUGAGCAAGAAAGAGAGUCGGGAACAAAUGGAAGCUGCUACAUCUCAAAUACAACUACUGAAUUUAAGUAAUAAUGAUGAAAAGGAUGAAUUGAUCAGAUUAUUUAAAAUAGUGUGCAAGUAUGUAACCAGUGGCGUAACUCGCCGAAUUUAUGCAGCCGUACCAAGCCACUACGAAUUACUACCAUUAGUGUGCGUGUUACAAAAUAACGACUAUGACGAAGAAUUAAGUUCAAUUUGUUUGAAUUUCUUGGUGGUAAUCGGGCACUCCCUCACUCCCAGCGCUUAUAUUCCCGCAGCUUUGUCCGCAAUGGAGCAAGUCUCGUCGUGCUCAUUUUGGUCUGCAAGAGCAGCCAUUGCGGAAUUUAUUUCUGUCCUGGUAUUCCACAAUUUCUCGACAAUCAUUGCUAAUGAGAGUUGGGUCGCACAGAUUCAAAAAAUCGUGUUGCAACUGUUAGAGGACGAACAGCCCGAGGUUAGGGUAACUGCAGCUACGUCUCUCAGCGGCUUCCUGCAUUGCCACUUUUUACCAAAUCCGGAAGCAUUAUUGUCGGAAUUUAAGUUAAAGUCAAGAACCAAAUUGAAACGUCGUAAUUUAAGCGUUAGCAAUGGGAACCAAUCGAUCAAUCAGAAUAUACGCAUCAUACAUGCGGCUGUGUUAGGGAUGUGCUCGUUUGUCAGCUGUCAUCCCUACGACGUUCCAGAUUACUUAUCGGACAUAUUUUUGGAGUUGGGCAAGCACUUAAAUGACCCACAACCUAUUCCGGCUACCAUCCAUCAAACGUUAGGCAAUUUCAAACGAACACACCAUGAUAAUUGGGAUAUACAUAAAUUAAAAUUUACAGAAGAUGAGCUUUCUGUUUUAAGUGAUUUGACUGUGCCUCCAAGUUAUUACGCCUAAUAAAUAUGGUGAUUAAAGACUAAUAUAUUCCAUUAAUAUCUUAGGUUUUGUUGCAAAUCGUCUCGUAUAAGUUGUUUUAAAUAUGUAUUUUUUAAUUUUGAAAUUUGUAUGUUUUGUUCUCUUUUUUGUAUUAUUGAUGUUAUUUUAUCUUUAAGUCUUACAUGACUAGAACGAAUGUGGAAGGGUAGGUGUGAUUAAAAAUGUUGAUUAACUUUA